CAAAUUAUUUGUGGGUUUCUUUUUCUAGAAGAGACUUUUAGCGGCAAGCAAACUGCUUUUGCAAAGAACACCUCGAGCAGAGGGUAACAGAAAGGGAAGAGAGAAAAAAGCCCUUGUGAACUCGGGGGGGGUGGGGAGGUGGAAAAGAGAUACAGAGCGAGAGAACUUGGAUUGGUGGUUGGCGCUUGGAGAGAGAGAGCGAAAAAAAGCCAGAAAGGCGGGAAACUGUUUCCACUUGGAGUCCGGCUUCCGCAAUUAGACUCCCAGCGCAAAGUUACGUUGGGAGGGGGGUGGCGUGCAGAAAAGUGCCGGAGAGACAAAAGCGGUUGGAGCUACAACUACUUUCCAGAGAGGACGGUGGCUUAAGCAGCAGAGGGACGGACGGAGUGCCGGCGAAGGGGCUGGAGAGCGCCGGGGGACGGACGAAGUUACGUGUGGCGUCUCAAGCUGGUGCCAAACUGAGCCCCGCCGACUUCCCCACAGCCGCCGCCGCGCGCGCGAUCCCGCCGAGAUGGUGCAACAGACGAACAACGCGGAGAACACGGAAGCGCUCCUGGCCGGCGAGAGUUCGGACUCCGGCGCCAGCCUGGAGCUGGGCAUCGCCUCCUCGCCCACCCCGGGCUCGACGGCUUCGACGGGGGGCAAAGCGGACGAUCCGAGCUGGUGCAAAACGCCCAGCGGGCACAUCAAGCGCCCCAUGAACGCCUUCAUGGUGUGGUCCCAGAUCGAGCGGCGGAAGAUCAUGGAGCAGUCCCCGGACAUGCAUAACGCCGAGAUCUCCAAGCGCCUGGGCAAGCGCUGGAAGCUGCUCAAGGACAGCGACAAGAUCCCUUUCAUCCGAGAGGCGGAGCGGCUGCGACUCAAACACAUGGCGGACUACCCGGACUACAAGUACCGGCCCAGGAAGAAGGUGAAGUCAGGCACGAACUCGGGGAAGCCCGGCGAGAAGAGCGCGGGCGGCGGCGGAGGAGGAGGAGGGAGUGGCGGCGGCAACGGCGGCAGCAGCAGCAACAGCCCGGGCGCAGCCACCGCCGCCACCGCCUCCAACUCUUCCAAACUCAACGUGAAAAAGGGCAGCGCCGCCAAAGUCUCUGCGGGUGGUGCCGGCAAGCCGCAUCCCAAGCUCAGCCUGAGCCACGGCAAAGGCGCGCCCGCCUUCCCCGCCUCGGAGCAGCCGCCGGCUGCCCUCCUUCCGCCGGAGCACCACUCGCUGUACAAAUCCCGCGCCGCUUCGCCGGGCUCCUCCUCGCCCUCCAGCGCCGCCGCCAGCAGCAGCAAACACCUCCCCGAGAAGAAGGCCAAGCGGCUCUACCUCUUCUCGCACGCCUCGCCCGGCGGCGCCGUGCCGGCCAGCCCGACGCUGAGCAGCACCUCGACGGAAGCCAGCGACCCGCUGAGCCUCUACGAGGAAGCGGGAGCCUUGGCGGGCCCUCAGCAGGACGGGGGCGACCCUUCGGCUUCCCCCGUGGGCGGCUGCUCGCCCUCCGACCACCGAAGCUACACCAGCCUGAGGGCGCCCUCGCCGGCCCCGUCCACCGCGCGCUCCUCCUCGUCGUCGUCCUCCUCGGCCUCCUUCUCCUCCUCCUCCUCGUCGCCGGGCUCCUCCUCCGCCUCCUGCGCUUCCUCCUCCUCGGACGACGAGUUCGAAGACGACCUGUUGGACCUCAACCCCAGCCCGGGCUUCGACAGCAUGGCCCUGGGCAGCCUCGGCUCGUCGGUGCUGGACAGGGACCUGGAUUUUAACUUGGAGCCGGGCUCAGGCUCCCAUUUUGAGUUCCCGGACUAUUGCACCCCGGAGGUAAGUGAGAUGAUCUCGGGGGACUGGCUCGAAUCCAGCAUUUCCAACCUGGUCUUCACGUACUGAGGGGGCCGGAGGAAGAGGAGGAGGAAGAAGAUGAGAAGAGUCGAAAAGAAAAAGGAAGAAGAAACGGGGAGUGCGUCGGGGGUGUGUGUGUCACAGACUCGCAACACAACACAGACCCAACCCCCAGUGCUACAGACUGGAGAACGAGCAUUUCGCCCACAGUUCCUGAGA